AGGAUAAGGGCGACAAACAAGCACACAUUCCACCUGAUGGUAAGUGGUUGCUGUGGCCCAUAGACAUCUACAUUUAUCCUCGAUUAUGAAUAUCAAAAUGUAGAUGUGUUGUCACCCGUGAGGACUAAGAUGGAAUGCCUCGUUUCCAGUAAAAAGGGUCUCCGGUUCUCUACACUCACCAUACGAAACACAGCAGCAUUAAGCUGAUAUUUUACGCUGGUAUUCUGUGAGUGUGGUCCUUCCCCGGUCGAGCCGACCCAUUAGUGUUACAACUAUACCAAAAAUAUAACUGCAGCAUGGCUAUAUAAAGCGUAUAUAAAGAAUUUUUAUACGUGGUAGAGCCAUAGAGCUACAUAUCUAACUUAUAUUGAAGUUGGCUGUACAAAAUUUUUAAUUUUAAAUUAUUUUAACAAAUUGUGUAAUCUUGAUAAUUUCUGAUUCCACCACAAAAAUAUUGUUAGUUUAUGGUGCUAAAAUACCCCUAGCGAAGUUUUAUAACAAAGUAUCGCAUAUUUUAGAAAAUAAUGCAAAAAAAAUGUAGGAUUCGCCAGGUGUGUCACAGCCAUCUAACAAACAUUUUUAGAGAACUUACAAGGUAUUCAAUGUGUUAACUGAUGGUGUUUGCAUUGCUAAAUAGAUGUAAAAAAAACAAGUGUUGGGUAAGGAUUGUGCCAAAUGGAACUCUUAUAGUUUCUGCUUACCUCUCAAGGUGAUUGAUGGGCAAUAGAGCUUAUGUAUGUAUGCAAUCAACAAUUGAUAGGGAAGAAAGGUUCUUAAGAAGUGGCAGGCUAGUAAUGGUAAGUGCAGUGUUCGGCGACCCACAACUAGUUUAAGUGACCUGUUUGUGGGUACAUGCAGGGCUUCGACAUAUGCAGGUGGCUCAGGAUAGUGCAUUGUGGGAUUCAAUUGGGUAGGCCUACGUUAUGGUAUGGUAGUAAUGUAAUAUAUGAAAGUGAUGUCAUUCACCUUGAAUGAAUUUUUAUAUAUAAAAAAAAAGAUCUUAACCUGAUAAUUAUUAACACCCUUUCUUAUAAUUAUUAAUACUUGUUUAUCAUUACAUAUUGUGUUUCUAUUAUCAUUUAUUGAAAAAACAGAGCGAGUGAGCUAUGAAAAGGGUUAUGCUCGAUGUUUUACUGUGUAAUAAAUUUGGAAAUAAAUAUAUCCGCAGUAGAACCAAAGUAACCAGAAUAGCCAAACAGAUUAGUAAACUGAAGUGACAAUGGGCUGGCCAUAUAGCUUGAGGAAGUUACAACCAAUGGGGAAGAUAGGCUCUUGAGUGGCAUCCUCGCACCAGUAGGUUAAGGUUAGGGCAGCUCCCCACUAUAUGGAGUGACAACCUGGUAACACAUGCUGGAAAUCAAUGCAUGCAGGUGGCUUAGGAACAUGCCUUCUGGUAUCCCUUGAGGGAGGCAUAUGUUCAGCAGUGGACUUGUGAAGGGCUGUAAUGAUGAUGAGAGUGAGGGCAACUUUAAGCAUUUUUUAAAUUAAUCUCGAUUUCAUGAAUUAGAUUGUUAAUGGCUAACAACAACUCCCCUUAGAUGCUUAGGUUUACUUAAAUUAUAAAACAUAUAGUAUUUGAGUAUUGUACAAUGUAAUGUAAUAUAGCAACCAUUUAAUUAUCACAUUGAAUAAUUCUAAAGAAUACACACAACACACUGUACAGACAAGUAAUUAAAUCACAUAUUAAUUACAGCAAAAACGUGGACGUGGUCAACAUGGAGGUGACAAACAUGGUGCUGGUAAUAAGGGUUCAGGUCAACGGCAGAAUUAUAUGAGACUGGGUUACGAAACUGGAAACAACCCCUUUUAUCUUAGAAUUCCUCAUGAACCUUACUACAAAGGACAUCAGUAAGUUCAGUGAUGGUCUCGAUAUUUAUUUCUUAAAAAUGUUAUUCUAAUUGACCUACUUUUGUUUUUCUUUUAGUCACAGAAGACAAUAUCCACCUUUGUCACUAUUGGAACUACAAAGCUUAAUUGACAAAGAUCGAUUGGAUGUUACAAAACCAAUUGAUAUUGCUAGCAUUAUUAAAUCAGGGUUAUACAACAUGUUUCCCGAUCAAAAACAGUUUGGUAUACAUUUAACAGAUGAGGGGCUUGAUAUAUUUACGGCAAAAAUAAAUAUUGAAGUACAGUGGGCAAGUGAACAGGUGAUUGCUGCCAUUGAAAAAAACGGUGGAGUAAUUACAACUGCUUAUUAUGAUCCCCACAGCUUAUUUCUUUUAAAGAAUCCUAAAAAGUUCUUUGAAAGUGGACAAGCUAUUCCUAGGAGAAUGAUUCCUCCGCCUGAUGUUAUUGAAUAUUAUACUAAUCCUAAAACUAGAGGUUAUUUAGCUGAUCCAGAAAAGAUAUCACAUGAGAGAUUAAAAUUAGCACAAAAAUAUGGUUAUAAAUUACCAGAUUUAGAAAAUGACGCAUGUUAUAAUAUGUUGAUAGAAAGGAAAGAUCCUAGACAAAUUUUUUUUGGAUUGGAACCUGGAUGGGUCAUUAAUUUAAAAGAUAAAUGUAUCUUGAAGCCUAGAGAUGAAGAAUUACUUAGAUUUUAUUCUUCUUAGUAUGAACAAUUAUUGUAUUAAGGUAAUUUUGUAAAUGUAAUAAAUAAAAUAUUUAAAGCAAUAUCAAACCUUUUAUUGAAAUUAUUGCAAUACAUACAAAUAUUGUUUACAUAUAGUG